UAUGUUUUUGAUAGCACUUUGCAAUACAGGUGAUUUCCUUGCUUUGCUGGUGAUAAGCUGGUCUUCCUGUUUCGUACCUGGGAAUGAUGAUGCCAUUUUUAUGUCUGCUCUAGUGGAGACUUUCUUCUAGCUUCAGCUCAGCUGAAACUGAUGUGGAAAAGGCAGACAUGUUCACUGGAAGAGGGAUGUUGAAAAGAGAUCCAACCAGCCUGUCUUGUGCAAAACCUUAAGUGGAGGGGAAUAACCCUAAAAGAAGUAGAAGCUGGCUUGUAGUGUGGAGAAAACGAAAGAUCCUUGGGAAAGCACUGUGUUCAGCAGUCAAUAAAAAUCUCUCUGUUUCACCAUGUCAGCUGACAGCCACCGGCUCCACACUCGUUCCCGCCAGGAGACACUAAAUUCUACUUGUUAUGGCCCCUUGAAUAUCAGCAGUCAUCCGCUGUCGAAGAGCUCCUCGAGUCUGCUAUGUACUGGGCAAUCAGGUUCAGAGGAAAGGCAAAGCAACAAGCAGGAGCUCAAGAAGAGCCACAGUAGCACUGUGUGCCAAACCCUGGGGUACGGGAGUGAUGCCAGUAGCAUGACGAGUCCUAGACAGUCCUUCACGCAGUCUGGGGUGAUGGGACGUGGAUCAGUAGACCGAACCAUGAACGAUCAGUCAGCUGAUGACACUGCACACAACAGAGCUAAGACUACAAACCAUUUUCUACUUGCUGACCAGUCCCCCACAGCCUGGGAGAUGGAGGAGACUAAGAUGUGCGUCAGGAGCAGCACUGCUGAGAUUGUUUCUUCUGCCUGCGUCAUACACCCACAAAGCACGUGUAAAACGGAAGAACCAGGAGCUGGCCUUCAGAGAAGCCACUCAGACCUAGCUUGCAGCUGCAAACAGCAGAGUCAUGUCACUCACAUAGAAACCAGUGCCACUCGCUCCAGCCUAAUCUCUUCUAGCAGCAGGCAUGGUCCAUCAGUGGCUAGGCUGUCUUUCCAAACGCAGAGAUAUGGAUCAGAAACAAAUGAAAAUACUCCUCGUUAUCAAAACCUUGUAAGUCACCUGCCAGCUCUACCUAGAGACCAAAAAGUACCGACAAAUAGCUUUGACAGUGGUGGUAUUCCACGUAAUACUACUGUUUACACAGAUCCCGGAACGUUUCACACUGCUGUUCUAGGACCCCACGUGCCUGGAAAUGGUUUCUCAAACAGGACAAUAUUCUGUCAAGCCACUGGGAUUAUGCAAGGUGGUCGGGCGAACAAUAAUAUUCCAAACUGUGCGUACUCACCCAUGGUGAUGACAGUUAACAAUUCUGCAGUGCCCUGCAACGUAAGGCAAGAAUCUUGUAUGAAAGUAGAUGCCACCGUCCCUGCCUAUUGCCAUUCUUUGCCCAUACCAUCUCUACAGCUUGUUCCACAGUUGGUAUGCUCAGUUAGUGAGUCAGGAAAAGAGCAGGCAGCAUCUGGCUAUUGUCAUUCCUUUUCUACUUCAGACAUUCUCACGUAUCCCAAGCUGGUGUCAUCAGUAAGUGAAUCGGGCCUGGAUGCCCAGAGAGUCCUGAAGUGCUGUAGUGUUCCUGGAGAACAACUGCAGCAUGCUCCACACUGUGCUCAGCAGGGCAGAGCUCCUCCAGAAGCAAAGCCCACCUGUAUUGCCUUUAAUAGCCAGCAAGGGGCAGGCACGAUAAUGAAAACUAAGGACAUGUGGACUAUGACCUCUAUGAAUGAUUUGACCAAAGGACUGAAACCGUCUCUGGAGCAUAGAGAUGCCGAGGUACAAACUCUUCCAACCAUGGAAUACAAAUCUGUGGCCACAAGCCCAGCAGCUGCAGCAGAAAGCCAGCUGCAUGUGUUCCCAGAGGUGAACCUGGAGCCAGACUCAGAGGCCCCCAAAUCUCCGGUGCGUGAAGUGAGAUGGGAUGAUGAAGGAAUGACAUGGGAAGUGUAUGGGGCAUCCAUGGAUCCGGAAGUUCUUGGUUUCGCCAUUCAGAAACAUCUUGAGAUUCAAAUAGAACAAUCCCAGACAGGGCCUGCUCGGCUGGCUGGGAAAAGUAACAAGGAUCCUUUUGCUAAGGAGCCGUCUUCUGCUAAACUGAGGAAGAAAAGACCAUUCCGAACAAUGAUGCCUUCUCUAAGAUACCCGAGCUGUUGUGCCCGGUCCAGCACUGCAGUGGAGUGAGCACAGCUGUAUGACAGCUGUGCUUCCUUUGAACUGUAAAUAAAUGCCAAUUCUUAAAGGUUAACAUAGUGCACGUGGACAAUCCGCUCACUUCAGUAUGAGCUGGAACAGUGUGAGUGACCGAAUACACAGCACAGCACAGCAAGGAAAAACCCAUGCAUGGGCCAUAUAACAGAGGACUCUAGGAUUGUACCUACCUAAUGCUAUCUGAAUGCUCUUGACUGUAUUUAAUGUAGCACUUAAUGUUAUAAGAAAUAAGACUACUUUUCUAAAUGAUGCAUCUUUUAAAAAUCAUGUUGAAUUUCUGUGUUUUAAUAAUUUACAAUUAGGUAGCAGUUAGAAAAUAACACUUUAGUCAAAGUUCUUAUCAUUAAAUCCUACUUCCUUCAGUUAUUUUGGGAGCUAUUUUGCUGUUAAUUUAUGACAACGCUGACUAUAAACACACUUUAGCAAUUGGUAACAGAGCAAACUAGUGUAAUGCUAUAUUACAAAUAAACGUAACUUUUGGUAUGUAAUUCUGCAAAGUACUUUCAAUAUUGCUAGCUUGAACUCAUCCUUUUGCGAGCUGAUUUAUAGUUGGAGGAUGCUACUGCAACUCUCAAAUUAGUUUGUAGUUAUGAUGAAUUACAUUCUAAAUAUCCAGAGCUGAUAUUUAGGCAGUAAAUUGGCACAAACGUACAGUACUACCAAAGAUGACUCAUGUAAUGUGAAUUUUGUUAUUGAAUGCUUGUUUCUUAAAUCCAUGAGACGAGCUGUUCAGAUUAGUCACACAGUCAUACCCGACAAAUUAUGAGCAGUUUUAUUUUGCUUAUAUUAAAAGUAAUUUCCAGGGAAUUAUUUUUGUGUGCAUCUAUGCUGAACAGUGGUUAUUUUGUUGCUAUAUAAGCUGUAGGCAAUAGUUUGCAUGUAGCCUUUACUCAUCGUGUAUUCCCUGCCUGUUCUGAUGUCAAGCAUCUGCUGAAAGUGAGCCUUCCUGUCUUCCCCAAAGUGCAACUCAAAACUAAGAUUAUUUGUUCUGAGUGACUUGAUCACAUGGGCAGCUUAAAACCUUCUUUUCUCCCAAACGUAUAAUAGCAAAAAUAUUCCCAGUGAGGAACCACUUUUAUACUGCCCUGCAGCAGCAGUGCAGUGCCUGUUUGAAAUGAAAGAUGUGUUAUAAAGGCUGAGACCGUUAUUUCCAUGGCAUUGCAUGGCACUGCUAAGUGUCUGAGAUUCUCUGGGAAACUAGGCAUGGAGAGAGAGAGGAGGAACAUU